AUGAGGGUGGGGUGCAGCUUUGUAAGCAUCAGGAAUGUUGCUAUAAACGUGAUCCAUGUUGCUGUUUCCUCUAGUGGGACAGUCCACACGCUGAUGGUUCCACUGUCAGAAAACAUCCAGUACCCAAUGCUACAUGAAUGGGUCACUCCGAUCAUGAGUGUUUACUUGCGCAUGUGCCAGUUUCUGCCGCUGUGCUAUGUGUACGACUUCUCACUAAAUGAUCUCUUAAAUCCAAAGCCAAAGCGAACAGUCAGCAUUCUGAGUGGCAUCAUGAAUUUCCUGCAGUUCAGGAAACGGACAGAUAUGGACAGGCUUCAGGCAUACACCAGAGGGAUAAAGGAAGCUGAAAGAAAAAUAGAGAAACUUACUACCAUCCCACCAGAGCAACAGGCUGAGGCUAAAGAGUUAGAUGCUGCAAUUGCUGAUCUAAAAAAGACCUCUUUGCACGAGUACCAAGAAGUUAAUGCAAUUAACGAACAGACUGCAGAAUUAAAGACAGAAAUAGCAGAGAGGACCCAGAAACUGAGUCAGAGAAAAGUGGACGUGGCCACCCUGAAGGACGAGAUAUGCAAGCUGAAGUCUCAGAUCGUGGAGUCUCCAGAGGAGCUGAAAGCGGAGAUGGAGAAAAUGAAGGAGAAUGUGAAGAACAUCAAACACUCAAAAGAAUGGGCAGACCAGAGGCUGGUGGAGCUUCAGAUCAAAGUGCAGUGUGUACAUCAGGCCGAAGCAGAAAUCCAGCUCAUCUUCAAACAGCUCCAGGACCUGCAGAGCAGCAUGGGCAAGACCAACCAGUUACAGGAGGAGGUCCAGAACCUGACCGGCCUGUGUGAGGAGCUGCAGAAGGAGCUGAAGAACUUGGGCACCGAGGAGAGCCAGCUGAAGAGAGCUCUGGGCAUGAAACUGGACAAAGAAUCCAAACAGCAGAUCCGCCGGCAGAAGAAGAAAGAAAUGAAGGAUCAACAUGUCCAAAAUAUUCUUGGGCAGUAUGACCAGGUCCAUCAAAAACGGGAGGAAAUUGUUGAACAGAUACAAGAGAUCAACCGAGAAACUAAACAGUUCAGGGCAAAGAUGCAAAGCCUUCGGGACACCUGCAGUCAGGAGACUGAAAAGGCCCAGGCCAUCUAUGAUCGUCUGCUUGCCACACUGGAUCAGUUCCACAAACGUAUUGAGAAUCAUGUUGUGGAGGGAAAUGCAGACCUAUUAAAAAUGAAAUCCAGUUUUUAA